GCGAGGCUUAGCCAGGAGGGAAGCGGGUCCGUUGGUCGUUCGGGAACGAGGCUGGCGCUGCUAGGCCCGCGCCUAGCCGUUGCCAUGGCAGCCACCGGCGGAGGCGCGGACGACGAGUCGCGAUCCGGCCGCUCGAGCUCCGACGGCGAGUGCGCGGUGGCGCCGGAGCCGCUGGCGGAAGCGGGAGGCCUGUUCUCCUUCGCGGACCUCGGCGCGGCGCUGGGCGGCGGUGCAGGCCUCCCGGGCCGGGCGGCCGGCAGGGCCCAGUCCCCGUUGCGCUACCUCCAGGUCCUAUGGCAGCAGGACUCCGAGCCCCGGGACGAACUGCGCUGCAAGAUCCCGGCGGGGCGGCUGAGGCGCGCUGCCAGACCUCACCGAAGGCUCGGGCCCACGGGCAAGGAGGUACACGCUCUGAAGAGGCUGAGAGACUCGGCCAAUGCCAAUGAUGUAGAAACAGUGCAGCAGCUGCUAGAAGAUGGUGCAGAUCCCUGCGCAGCUGAUGACAAAGGCCGGACGGCCCUCCAUUUUGCCUCCUGCAAUGGCAAUGACCAGAUUGUGCAGCUACUCCUGGACCAUGGGGCUGAUCCCAACCAACAGGAUGGUCUGGGCAACACGCCAUUGCACCUGGCGGCUUGCACCAACCAUGUGCCUGUUAUCACCACGCUGCUUCGAGGAGGGGCCCGGGUAGACGCCCUGGACAGAGCUGGCCGCACACCCCUACACCUGGCCAAGUCGAAGCUGAACAUCCUACAGGAGGGCCAUUCGCAGUGCCUGGAGGCCGUCCGGCUGGAGGUGAAGCAGAUCAUUCACAUGCUUCGGGAGUACCUGGAGCGUCUGGGACGGCAUGAACAGCGGGAACGGCUGGAUGACCUCUGUACCCGCCUCCAGAUGACAAGUACCAAAGAACAGGUGGAUGAAGUGACGGACCUCUUGGCCAGCUUCACCUCCCUCAGUCUGCAGAUGCAGAGCAUGGAGAAGAGGUAGCAAGGGAGGCUCCUCCUUGCUCUGCCACCACCCUCCUGCCCUCUGCUUUCGGCACAGGGAAAGCCCCAGAGAUGCUGAGGGCAGAGCUGUUCUCAGGCAGGCCCGCAUCCUUUCAAUGGGCCAGGACCACAGCCCCAGCUCCCGCUGCGUAGUGCCAGCCUCUGUCGCCACACCCCGGGCCCACAGUGCUGUCCUAGCAGACACUACUCCUCCUGUGGCUCCCCAUGCCCUGGGCACGCCCCAGAGCCCUCUAUUUCUUCUCACCUCAUCAUCUGGCUUUGGGUCUGCACCC